AUGAGUUUGGAUCCGUUUGAAGAGCGUCUUCACAUUGCUUCGUUUGUGAGCCACCGGAUGAUUGCUGUGGAAACUGAGAAGCUGUGUGGUGUUCGUUGCCUUCCUAUAAACCGUAGUUUCAAGUUCACCGUCAAGGUUUCGUCUGACGAGCACAUCCAGAAACGGCAACUGCUGUUCCUAUUCUUCUUCCCUCGUGAAUUUUAUAUCCGGGAAGACUGCGUUGAGCAGGCUGUGGAAAUGUUGCAGCAUGUCCUUCUUUACGAUGACGAACGUGUCGUCAACGUAACGGCGCCAAAACACCGGUUUAUGUUGGAGGAAGGCAAUCUUUUCGAGCUCCUGAAGGACCAGUUCUGUCACCAAACCGGAGACCGGUGAGUCCAAUGGGGUUCCCUUGAUUUGUUCAUAGGUCUCUCCUGCAAAAGUGA